AAUUUUAAAGGACAAAAUGAAUUUUCUUCCCAAAUACCGGUUGUGACGUCAUAUGUACCACGUUAUAGUCAAGAUGGCAACCAAGAUGAUUACCAUAUAUAUACUAUGGAGUUUUGUUGCUUGUUCAUUCUUCUACGUAGCCCAGGCUUUCUAUGUACCUGGAGUGGCUCCAGUUGAGUUUCACAGGGGUCAAUUUGUAGAGGUCAAGGCUGUGAAAAUGACAAGUGUAAAGACACAGUUACCUUAUGAAUAUUAUUCUUUACCAUUCUGUAAACCUCAAGGUGGAGUGGUUUAUAAGACAGAAAACCUUGGUGAAGUCUUACGCGGUGAUCGGAUUACUAAUACGCCCUAUGAAGUUGCUAUGGCUGAAAGUAAAAGCUGUGAAAUUCUUUGCCAUAAUGAUAAAGCUGUUACUAUGACAAUAGAGGAUAGUAAACUCAUGGCAGAAAGGAUCAGGCAUGCAUAUUAUGUCCAUUUGUUGGUUGAUAAUUUACCGUGUGCUACUAGAUUUGAAAUGUUAGGGACUCGAGAAAUACAAUAUGAACAUGGAUAUAAGCUAGGUUUUGUCAAAAAUAAUGAGGCUUUCAUCAACAAUCAUCUUAAAAUCAUCUUGAAAUAUCAUACUGAAGACAAUGCCAAAUACCGAGUAGUUGGUUUUGAAGUGGAAGCUCAAAGUAUUGAUUUCUCCGAACUUACAGUCCAAGGUAAAAAAUGCACUGUCAAAAGUAAAGAACCAAAACCACAAAAAAUAAACGAGAAAGGAGAAACAAAAGUGAUUUUCUCAUAUUCUGUGGAUUGGCAGAGCAGCCAUAUUCAGUGGGCUUCCAGAUGGGAUACGUAUUUGGCCAUGAGUGAUGUACAGAUCCAUUGGUUUUCUAUCAUAAAUUCAGUUGUUGUCGUCUUCUUCUUAUCAGGAAUUCUCACAAUGAUAAUGGUCCGUUCAUUGCGCCGAGACAUUGCAAGAUAUAACAAAGAUGAAGACAUCGAAGAGACACUUGAAGAAACAGGCUGGAAAUUGGUUCAUGGUGAUAUAUUUCGUCCUCCCCGCCAUCCUAAGUUGUUGGCUUCUUUAAUUGGUGCUGGAAACCAAAUAUUUUGUAUGUCACUGAUCAUUAUAUUUUUUGCAAUGCUUGGUAUGUUAUCUCCAGCCUCACGAGGAGCUCUGAUGACAGCUGCCAUUUUCCUUUUUGUCUUCCUUGGGUUAAUUGCUGGCUAUUUUUCGGCUCGGCUCUAUAAAACCAUGAAAGGUAACCAGUGGAAAAAAGCAGCAUUUCAGACAGGAACAUUUUAUCCUGGAAUCCUUUUUGGAACUUGUUUUAUUUUAAAUUUCUUCAUUUGGGGAAAACAUUCAUCAGGAGCAGUUCCAUUCAGUACAAUGGUUGCACUAUUAUGUAUGUGGUUUGGGAUCUCACUUCCAUUGGUCUUUUUGGGUUACUAUUUUGGUUACAGAAAACAGGUGAAUGGAAUUACUUUGUCUCCAACAAAUUUCUAUCAUUUCUCAAACUUUUCACUUUGGUUUAUGAUUCGUUUGCCUCAGACACUAAUGGCUGGCAUUUUGCCAUUUGGAGCUGUGUUCAUUGAGUUAUUCUUCAUUUUCACUGCAAUUUGGGAGAAUCAGUUUUAUUAUUUGUUUGGAUUCUUGUUCUUGGUCUUCAUCAUUUUAGUAAUUUCAGUGUCCCAAAUUUCCAUUGUGAUGGUAUAUUUCCAAUUAUGUGGUGAGGAUUACCAUUGGUGGUGGCAUUCAUUUGUUGUGUCUGGUGGCUCUGCUGUCUACAUGUUUGCAUAUUCUAUCUUCUAUUUUGUUACAAAGCUCGAAAUCACAGAAUUCAUCCCAACUCUUCUCUAUUUUGGUUACACAUUGCUCAUGUCUUUCACAUUCUGGAUCCUGACUGGCACCAUCGGCUUCUACGCAGCAUACUUUUUUAUUCGACGAAUUUAUGCAGCAAUCAAAAUUGACUGAUGGAUUCCUCUCUACCUAGACUACUUCUCUUAGGAUCUACUUCAACAUUUACUUUUAACAACCACACUACUACUACUACUAUUACUACUACUACUAACAACAACAACAUCAACAACAAUAAUAAUAAUAAAAAUAAAAACAACAAAGACUUGACAAAUUGGUUUUAUCAGUAUUUAUGAAGACUGGAAGAUGGACUGAGAGAUAAGAACACAAACCAUUGUCAAGAAUCAUAAUGCUUUACCAUCAUCAUGCUCUCUUCUUAUGUUUUUUUUAUUAUUCUUAUUCUUCUUUGUAUUAUUAUUAUUAUUAUUAUUUAAAUUGUUAUUUUGCCAAAAGAGUUGUUCCACACAAAUAUUGGGAAAUCCAGGGUUGAGUAAUUCGGAGAAAGAAAACUGGGAAGUUUUAAUUAAAUUAAAAGAGGAAAGGGAAAAAAACAAUUAAAUCCUUGCAGAUGAGGGUGGAAUCUAAAGUAAAAAAAGAAACGGAAAAAGAAAAAAAAGAAUCAUUAAAACAAAAACACAACUUUUAAGAAAACUGUUUUUGGUGAAUUACAUUUUAGAAAAUUUUUACUUGUUAUUUUUGUUACUAUUCUUCUUCUUCUUCUUAUUGUUGUUAAGGUAGCAGGCUGGCAGAAUUGUUAGCAUUCCGGGUAAAAUGCUUGGCAACAUUUUGUCUGUCUUUACGUUCUGAGUUCAAAUUUCACCAGGGUUGACUUUGCCCUUCGUCCUUUUGGGGUCAGUGAAUUAAGGACCAGUGAAACACUGGGGUCUCCCCCCUCCCCCCGCAAUUUCAGGCCUUGUGCCUUUAACAGAAAGGAUUAUUAUUCUCCUCCUCCUCUUCUUGUUCUUUAGGCAACACGCUGGCAGAUUCGUUACCAUGCCGGACAACACGCUUGGCAGCGUUUCUUCAAACUUUCUGUUCUGAGUUCAAAUGCUGCCAGGGUUGAUUUUUGCCAUUCAUCCAAUCGGGGUCAAUAAAAUAAGUACCAGUUGAACCGGGGGGGGGGGCGAUGUAAUUGACUUAGCCCCUCCCACCAAACUACUGGCCUUUUGCCAAAACUUAGUACCAUUAUUAUUAUUAUUGAUGGCAGAAUCAGUAGAGUACUUGACAAAAUUCCUGGUGGCUUUCCUUACCAUUCCUCUGUCUGGAAUCACUCAGAUAGGAACCAGUGAAGCCCUGGAGGAUCUGUUAAAUCAGUUGGACCCUCUUGCAAAUUGUUGCUCCUUGUGGUAAAGUUAGGGAUCUUCUUCUUCUCAACUGGUUGAUUAUCAGAAUUGUUGGACAAAUGCUUUGCAGUAUUCUUUCUGUCUCUUAUUCCGAGUUCAAGUGUUGCUUUGGUAAGCUUUAUUCUAUCCUUCUGGAGCUGAUAAACUAACAUACCAGUCAUAUGCUGGGUUAGAUGAUAUAAACGACAGUUUGCUCCUACCAGAUUGGUAGAAUCGGCAGAGCAUCGGGCCAAAUGUCUUGCAGUAAUUGUUCUGAGCCAUUACUUUCUCCAGUGUUAACUUUGCCUUUCACCCUUCCAGGCUUGAUAAUAUUAUAAAACAGUCGAGUACCGGGGGCAAUGAUUUAAUCAACUCCUUUUUUCAUAAAUCUCUGGCCUUGUACCUGUCUUAGAAACAAUUAUUAAGGUGGUGAGCUGUCAGAAUCGUUAUCGGACAAAAUGCUUAGCAGUAUCCAAAUUCUGUCAAGUUUGACUUUACUUUUAAUCCUUUCAGAAUUGAUGACAUAAGUACCAGUCAUGCACUGGGGGUCGAUGUAAUUGACUAUCCCCCUCCCUGCAAAUUUUCAGGCCUUGUACCUAUUAUAGAAAGGAUUAUUAUGAGAUACCUUGUGGUAUUUAGUUUAUAUUCUGUGUCCCCUCCCCAUGGGUCAUCUUUCACUUUUGUCUCUCUCGAGUCAACAGGAAUAAAAAAUACCAGUUAUGUUUUGGGAUCAAUCUAAUUGACCCUGCCUCUCUGUCCUUCCCCUAAACUUUUUGGCUUUCUGCCAAUAUUAGUUGUUGUUUUCUAUUUUUUUUCUCUUAGGUUGCUUUUUUGCUGUUCUAGAAACAUUGAUUUUUCUCCCUCACUCUAUGACAAAUGUGGUUUUUUUAAAUAAUUUAUUUCUGUGUGGGCUGUAGAUUUCAACAAUUUCAUUUUUAUAUGUUAAAACUUAUUAUUAUUACACUUUGUUAAUACCCUUUUCAAUUUUCUUGAAAAGUUAUGUCAUCUCAAUGUUUCCAUGUAUAUAUGUGUGGUUAUAUAUCCGUGCGUGUGUGUAUGUAUUCACAUAUGUACAUAUAUAUAUAUAUAUGUGUGUGUGUAUGUAUGCAUUUACAGAGGGUGCGUAUGUGAACUUAAGCUAAAUUUCUUUCCAUGUUCUUUUUUCUUCCAUAACAAUGUGUUUUUUUUUUUCUUUUUGUUAUGUUAUAAUAAAAUAUUUUUGUUUCAUUCCAUGAAAAGCUAACAGUCCCUUUUAUUGUGUGCAAAACUGAAUUUCUUCCUUGGAAGGCGAAAAGUUGCCAUAAAUAAAUAAAAAGAGAAAAUAUAAAAAAAAUUAGACAAAAGACUAACAAGAAAAUGAUAUCAAAGAAAAAAAAAAAUCAUUAACGUUUUACUAAAACUAUUGAUAUUCAUUGUAAUAUAGGUUUUAUUUUCUUAUCUUUACUCCUAAAUCUGGUCAGCUUUUGAAAGAUUAGAAGUUGAUUGCAAGAAAUGCGAAAAUCCAUCAAGUGAAAUUGAGUGGUUCUAUUCAGACAUGGCAGAUUGAAAAAAAAAUAAAAUUAAAGAAAUUUUUGCAUUCCUCCUUCAACCUGUUUAAUUCAACAAUUAUUAACGAGCCUAUAAGUAUUCUCUAGUUGUUUGUCACCAAUAUGUUGAGGAAAAACUCGGCACACGUGCACUAAGGUGAGUCAGCAUUGAUGUUAAACUGCUCUAAUGAAUAUGUCUGUUAACGAUGUAAUACAGAGCAAAUAUCUCUUCUCAUUGUCACAAGUAUUAUCUUUUAUUCCUACUUAUUUAUUUAUUUAUUUACUCUUUCUCUCUCGAAUGUGUCUGAAACGGUACUAAUCUAUGAACCCUCAAGAAAUCUGUUCACUGAAUUUAUGAUAACCCUUUAGCAUUUCAGAUUCCACUCUCAAAUCUAAUGUUUAUUAAUUCAUAUUGUUUUGAACUAAUACUGCAUUAUCUUUUAGCUUUUAGAUUUCGAUGAUGUCAUUGUUUAUUUUGAGAAUGGCAUUGUAGGUUAGAUGUGAGAGGCUGGAUGUGGCCAAUUUGAACAGUAAAGCUGCCCACCCUAAUUUCAGGCCUAGCAGACAGUUAUUACUAUAAAUUAUAAUGGUAGAAGCUUGAUUAUUAAAUAUUGUAUUGAUAACAAUGAGAGUUUGUUUAAAUAAUUUUAAUAUUUAACUAGAACAAGUUUUCUAGUCACACCUGUGAUAGGUAAAUAUAGAAAAUGAAAGAGCAACAGCAUUAGAUUGUUAUAAGAAGAAGAAGACAGGCAUGUUCCUCUUUGGAAUAUUGGCUUGAAUCCAGUUUAGAGGACAACUUCCGUUUUUAUGUCUUUGAAUUUUAUUUUAAGAGAAGAACCAAUUCAUUAUGUCCAACAUUUCACUCUCUCUCUCUCUGUCAUCUUUCAGCUCAUUUUCCAUCUUUUUACCUGUUUGUAUGAUAUUAAAAAAAAAAAAAAAAAAAAAUUAAAAAGGCCAAAAAAAAAAGAAAA